UACGAUCGUUGUAAUUCAUGUGUUAACGGUAGUGUGGCGGACCUGUCUUGAGACAUUUUUUACUGUCAGUUUAAAUUAAUUUAUCCUUUGGUGGGUUUUCUGAAGCAUUGUAUAGUGGGAAAAGACCAUGGAUGUCGGGGAGCUGUUGCGGUAUCAGCCGGACAGAGGAACUAAACGACCCCGGGAAGAGGAAAGUGAAGAGGCAAAACUUCGUCAAAAAUUUGGGCGCGAUCGAUUUCGCAGCUAUGAAGAUGUGGAUCCUGCUUUUGUUGUUGAGGAAGAAGAAAGCAAAAAGAAAGCUGAACAGAUGCUUGAAGAAAUGGAGGAAGAAGAGCCUGAGCCUGUGGAUGAAGGCUAUAUUAAGAAGAUGAUUCUUACAUUUGAGAAACGUUCUUACAAAAAUCAAGAGUUGCGCAUCAAGUUUCCUGACAAUCCUGAAAAAUUCAUGGAGUCGGAACUGGAUCUGAAUGACAUCAUACAGGAGAUGCAUGUGAUUGCCACCAUGCCUAACCUAUAUCGCCUCUUAGUGGAGCUCAACGCUGUCCAUUCAAUCUUGGGUUUACUUGGGCAUGAUAACACAGAUGUUUCGAUUGGUGUAGUGGAUCUGUUGCAGGAGCUUACAGAUAUUGAUACUCUGCAUGAGAGUGAAGAAGGAGCCGAGGUGAUCAUAGAUGCACUGCUGGAAGGUCAUGUUGUGGCGCUGUUGGUUCAGAAUUUGGAACGAUUAGAUGAGACAGUAAAGGAAGAAGGAGAUGGUGUCCAUAACACUCUAGCCAUCAUAGAGAACAUUGCUGAAUUUCGUCCAGAGAUGUGUUCUGAGGCAGCUCAGCAGGGUCUUAUGCAGUGGCUAUUAAAGCGAAUUAAGGCAAAGAUGCCUUUUGAUGCCAACAAGCUGUACGCUAGUGAGAUCCUUGCCAUUCUCCUUCAGAACAAUGAUAGCAACAGAGAAUUGCUAGGUGAGCUGGAUGGGAUCGAUGUGCUGCUUCAGCAGUUAUCGGUCUUUAAACGUCACAAUCCUAGCACUGCUGAGGAGCAGGAGAUGAUGGAGAAUUUGUUUGACUCUCUCUGCUCUUGCCUGAUGCUGAGCUCUAACCGUGAACGCUUCCUGAAGGGAGAAGGGUUGCAGCUGAUGAACCUCAUGCUGAGGGAGAAGAAAAUGUCUCGUGCCAGUGCUUUGAAGGUUUUAGACCAUGCAAUGAUUGGCCCAGAAGGUGCAGAUAACUGUCAUAAGUUUGUGGAUAUCCUUGGACUGAGAACAAUAUUCCCACUCUUUAUGAAAUCUCCAAAGAAAAUAAAGAAAGCUGGUGUCACAGAAAAGGAGCAUGAAGAACACGUAUGUUCAAUCAUGGCUAACAUGCUGCGGAAUCUGAAGGGCCAACAAAGAACCCGCCUGCUAACCAAAUUCACCGAGAAUGACUGUGAAAAGGUUGACAGGCUGAUGGAGCUGUAUUUUAAGUACCUGGAUGCUGUACAGCUAGCAGACAAGAAGAUUGAAGGAGAAAAACACGACAUGGUCAGACGAGGCGAGAUAAUAGAGGAAGACAUGGAGGAAGAGUUUUAUCUGCGUCGUUUGGAUGUUGGGCUAUUCAUCCUUCAGCUUGUCUGCUACAUCAUGGUGGAGAUUUGCAAUUCUAAUAUUCCUCAGGGUCGUCAGAGGAUAUUCCAGAUCCUCAACAUGAGGGGCAGCUCAGUCAAAAUUGUUCGACACAUCAUGAAGGAGUAUGCUGCAAACAUUGGUGAUGCACAGAGUGAAGAAUUUAAGGACAGUGAACAGAUGCGGAUCUUAGAACUUCUUGAAAACUUUUGACACCUGCCUGAUUUUAUAGUUGGACUGUAACAUCAUUGAUCCUUUUUUUUUUGGGGGGGGGGGCUAUGCCGGGGGGGUCCAGUAUCUUUAACAAUAUUGAAAAAGUACACUUGGAACCUGUAAAAUAUUCAUGAAGAACAAGAUGAUUUUCUUGGAUGGCAAAGAUGGCCCAAAUCAGUAUGAACUUGCAGGAAUACAGAUCUGUUGUAUAGAUCUUUUUUAAUAAAAGAGCCCUUUUAUAGGAUAUUAUUUUGAAAUGUUGGAUUAUUUUAAGUUUUUUUAUAUUUCUUUUCUUGUCUGCUUCAUGGCUAUAGUAAGUUAUUUAAGAUCAGAGGGCUUAUCUUCAGGCAGUUAGCUGAUGGGAGUCUUUUAUGGUGUGCAGAACUGUAUUUUUGUCUACAAGAAGUGGAAUUUGAAAAGCAGAUUGGCUUUGAGGCAUAUAUUGUAUUGCUGGUGUUCAUAAACAAGAAUAUACUGUCAUAGAAUUGUAAUCAAAUUUCAUGGUCAUGUUUUAUCAUAGAUUGCCUUGGCUUACAUGAAGCCAGGUAUGUAUCUCUGUAUGUUUUAAAGUCCCUGACCCUGCUUGUACCAUUCCAGUAAAAAUAAAACCAUGCUGUAGAUGGUUUACAUUUUCAUUA